ACUUAGCGCGUAGAGGAAGUGGUUGUUGCGUCUCUGUUUCGCGUUUUCCCGUGAAGCCGCGAAGUCGGCUCGGUUGAUUUCGUUGCACAUCGUGUCGGUCCGGUGCACCGUCGCCGGUUACUCGAGAGAGAGAGAGGGGAUGCACUUUCCCCACCAAUGCGGAGAUAGCGAAGGCGCUUGAACGGCGUGAGAGUGGGGAUCGCUGGCUCCAGCCGCGGAAGGUUCAAUUGUUGGUGAACCGUCGCGAGGAGUGGUCGCGCGUGAUAAGGCUCGCACGAUAGAAGCGCGUGCCUCGUAUCCGCGAACGGUGCGUGCACUCCGAGGAGACUCGUGCCAUCGACGCCGCAGUGUGAGACGCAAGGAGGAUUUUCGUUUACGGAGAUGCGUGCCGUUACCUGCCGCGACAGUGACGUGGUGAUACGUUCGCCGUUACGUUGUCGACGCGAGUAAAAUCCACAGGCCGUGUUUAAACGCAGUGACCGGAGCAGGAGAAAACACCUUCCCUUUUUUUUUUUUCUUUCUUUCUUACCCCCUUUCUACCGGUCGUUCUCGCGUGCCACGGAUAUUUCUCUUUAAACGCGAUAAAAAUUCGAGAGCUGGCUGUGAUCGCACCAAGUGAAAAUCGGUAGCCGUCUUGUGUGACUCCGUACACCGAACCUGUGCGGUUCGACCUGCUCCAUCGCGGUCGUCACGCGUCACCGUACGACCCCGACGGAAAUUUGGGAUUAUCAUUUCGGCCACCAUUUGGUCCUUUUCGUCCAGUUGACGCAUCGUCGAACCGGCAGCGGCCAUGACGGCGGACAGCCUGUUCGAGACUACCAGCAUCCCAGGGCAUCUCGCUCCCACGCCCCAGAGACUGGAGAGGCUUCUCUCGAAACAGACCCUCGAAGAGCUGUACGAGGUCGAGGAACAACCUUUCGCACGAGGGAAAUAUGCAACGGUGAGGAGAUGUCGGGAAAGGUCCAGCGGUCGUCAGUGGGCCGCCAAGUUCCUGAGGAAGAGGCGACGAGCGCAGGAAUUGAAGGCGGAAGCGCUUCACGAGGUCGCGGUGCUGGAUGCCGCGGCAAAUUGUUCUCGCCUGGUGUCUCUUCAUCAGGUGUUCGAGACGCACAACGAGAUGGUCUUGGUUCUGGAAUUGGCCUCCGGCGGUGAGCUACAAAUGAUCCUGGACAGAGACGAAGUUCCAGAAGAGCGACAGGUCGCCAGAUUGUUGAAGCAGAUUUUGGAUGGGAUCGCCUUCCUGCAUUCCCUGAACGUGGCCCAUCUCGACAUCAAGCCGCAAAAUCUGGUCCUCACCGGGGAGUUUCCCAACUGCGACGUGAAGCUCUGCGACUUUGGCAUCUCCCGGUACAUCAGCCACGGCGCGGACAUAAGGGAGAUUUUGGGCACGCCCGAUUAUGUUGCCCCCGAGGUGUUAAACUACGAGCCAAUCAGCUUGGCGACCGACAUGUGGUCCGUGGGAGUUCUUCUGUACGUCCUGUUAACGGGAUGCUCCCCGUUUGGUGGCGACACGAAGCAGGAAACGUUCUGCAACAUCAGUCGAUGUCGACUGGACUUUCCCGACGACCUGUUCGAAGACGUGUCCGAGGGUGCUCGCGACCUCAUGCGCAAACUGAUGGUCAAGGAUCCAAACGAACGUCUGACCGUCACGGAAUGUCUCCAACACUCUUGGUUCGGGAUGUUCGACGACCCCCAACCGCCUCUUUCCACAUCCAGCUGCCCGACGAUGGACCAGUCUUCGAUCCAAACGACGACGAAGUCUUCGCAAGAGACAAAAUCGCCCGUGAAAUCCAUCGCGACGAGUACAGAGCCAUCGACGACGUCCGCUCCGAGAAACGACACGGAGAAGCAGGGCCAAAGAUCGUCGACAACGAACAUCUGCCAAAGCACGGAGUCGAAGCUUACGACGCGAGCCGUCUCAUCGCACACGGAGAACCUCUGCUCCAAAACGAAACUGUCCGCCAAACCCAUCAGAUUCGGGCUGAGCCCCGACCGCAGGGACACCUUCAAAAGGAACAUGGACUCCCUGGCGCAGAAGUUUUCCGGUACCGAGAUCGUGAUCAUCGAGUCAUCCGCCUCCAACGGCGCCAGCGUCACCGCCAACGUCACGCAGAGGAGGGCGACCGCUACUCACACGAUGCCAGCUGGCGAAGUCUUCAAAUGUACGCCGGUGUUUAUCUUGGGAGAGGAGCAGCAAUGCAGCGACAGUGGCAGCGACACCGUCUCGGAGAUCUCGACCGACAGCUCCAGCGACCGGAGCAGUAUCUACUCCGACGACUCGCUGGACUUCAUCCUCUACGGAAAGAGCCAAGGCAGAGCCAGCUUUCCGUUCGCGGCGACGGACUCCGGGUCGGAGAGAUGGGAGCCCAGGCAUCAGCAGCAGCACAACAGGGUCUGGCCCAGAGAGUGCAGCGGGGUCGUCAGCAAGGCUCUCAGCCGUUUCACCUCCGAAACGCCGAACGCAAAGAUCGCCAAGAUGUCGAGUCCCCCCACGGGCCAUGGAAAGACCAGCCUGGAAGCGCUCAGGGAAAGGAGCGGCAACCUGGUGGUGAUCCGGGAACCGGUCAGAGCUGGCAGGUACACCAGGUACAGCGAGGUGCAGUGCGAGUCGGUGCAGGCACGGAUUCGACGGUUCCAGGUUCACGGAGCAUCGUAGACGCUUAGAAAACGUCUCGUCCGUGACGAGCUUCCCCGAGCAGCUUCGAAGUCUCGCGUCGACGCUUGGAUGAUCGCAGGGGACUCGUUGUACAUAUAACUUUACGGUGUACAGUAUAGUUCGGUAUCGCCCGUUGGGAAGAAUCGGUACUCGGUCGAAAUAACCGAGGAUGUAUACGGGGUGCCUUCAAAGUAGGCGGUACAGCCCGAAGGAAGGCUGUGUUCCUCUCGAGCCGAGAUGUCUCCGGAUGCAGCGUCGAAUUUAGAUUUCGGAAUUUAGAAUUUAGACCUCUGGGACUGCCAAAAUUAACGAAUGAACGUUACAAAAGAAUUAGACUUAUUUUUGCCAAAAUAUUUUGAAAUUUGAGUAUUCGCUUUGCAUAGUUUUCUGAAAUUUUUUUAAUCGCGAGUAAAUCGUAAGCUUCUGAGAAUGAGUUUCAAUCGACACGAGAGACGAGAAUCAUUUUUGCCAAAUGUAGAUCCUUAGAGAAAAUCUUCUCUCUUAAACACGAGUAAAUGCUGCUAUUUUCACAUCAAAAGUAAAACCGUUGUUUGCUACGAGGAUGUAGAAAAUAUUAAAAGCUAGCUCAUGUCCAAGUUCAUCGCGUUGCUUGGAAUUAAUGCCCCUAUUAAUUAAUUAUCUCUAAAUCCUAUAAGUUAAUUCGACUUUGCCCGGAUGGUAUCCUUUGAGGGGCACCCUUUGUUUCAGCUGUUGUAAAUACUUAAGCGGAACGUGUACCGGUAAUUCGUGACGCCCGUUGUAAAUAUUCGGACGACCGAGAUUCUACGAGAGGGAAGAAACAGCGACCGACCUCCAGGGGUACGGUACAUUGCUCGCUGCGUCGCGUUUCGAGGGUUUCUAAUGUUUCUAUCGUACGAUAACGCAAGAGCGAAUCGAGGAUUCGUCGUUGUAUAUAGGAGUGAUUGGAUUCGAGGUGGCAGGGUUUUUUUUUUUUUUGUUGAAUGAUCGAAUGAUAGAAUGCGAGAGAGCAAGACGCGUCGCCUGGCAACUCGUUGUCUGCCAUUACCGAUAGACUGACCGGUCGUCCGUUCGAGCUGAACGGAAAGAAGCGGAAUCCGAGUUGCACCUAGUCGUUGGCGAUGCGAAAGUCACUGGGAUACGAACCUCGCGAUUAUCACGCAAUCUAGGAAAUGUCGAGCAUAUGUCAGACUCUGUUCGGGAUUCCAGAGUAGCGACGAUCGUUCGCUGGAGAAAAUUGGGGUCCAACGGGUGAGAGAAUCGACACGGGAAAUCUUCUACUAGUUGUCGAGGGGAACCUUUUACCGUAUCUUUCACCUUUUACCGACAACGAUCUCUGUAUAUCGGAUGUGGCAUGGGACUUGGAAGCGUGGGAAGCCUCUGUGCCAUCAGAGAAGCCGCCAUUUUGGAGAACCGAAGUACUAAGGUUUUGGAUUCACGUGUACAAUUGUUUCUCACAAUCAUAUGUAUAUUUCUGACUGUUUAGUAUGUAGCGUACUGUAUGCUACAUAUCCCAAAAAACGCGCCUUUUGACGAAGAAAACAAAAUUUGAGUCUUGAGUUUAGUAUGUAGUGUACUGUAUGCUACAUAUCCCAAAAACGCGCCUUUUGACGAAGAAAACAAAAUUUGAGUCGAAGAUUUUAUAAUACUUAAUCGUGGGUCCGUUGAAUUUAUCUUUCUUUGUCAAUAUGAAUAUGAACAAAAAUUACAAUUGUUAAUAUACAGAAAUUUGUUCAUCAAAAUAAAUCGUUAUACAUAAUCAAUAACGGAGGAGCAAUUUUCAAUUGGUUAUUUCUUUGGCAAAACUUACAAUCUGAUUUAUAGAAUAAAAUCAUGCUUAAACGAACAGAGUCCCACAUUUCUCGUUGAAAUAAAAUUCUUCCAACUCGUGUCUCAAACCUCUUUCCCUGAGUCGAUUCGUUGGCCCAGCGGGCCACAGUGGUAAUUCGCGCGAGCGACUCGGUGCCGACCGGUGAAUUCGCCCAACUAGCCAUAAUCGUAAUCGAUCGUCGCGAUAAUAGUAAUCGAAAUUCGAUAACUUCGGUGCCUUUACGAUAAGCGUUAAGAGAAUCGUAUGCGCGCGCACAGCAGACUCGAGAAUUACGUGAUAGAACGCUUCCAAUUAAAAAUUGCAACGACUCAAACUCUCGACAAGAUUCAUCGACGAGGAUGACACUGGCAAAAUUGGAAGGGAUCGCGAUAAAGAUCUUUAUUAGAGUUUCGAUUGGAAGCGUUCGGAACACGUUCGAGAGUUGGUAUCGCGGUGAAAGGUGCUUGUGACGUCGGAACAAAAUUAAUUGGCAGAUAACAGAUCUAACGGAGGCACCACUUAUCCAGGAUCUCAGAGAUCCAGAAUCUCGGAGAUCGAUAGAAGCUUUUACGCCGUAGCAACGGAAGCAGAAGCACGAUCGAUAGUUGAAUAUCUAGGUUUGAUUUGUCAGUUAACUUUGUUCACGACUAUACGGAGUGACUCUAAAGUCUGGGUACUUCUUUAAAAAAAAAAUCUAUAUUUAAUCUAUGGAGAAAAGUAAUUAUAACUUGUCUCGCUGGCUUUUUCUACGUUUCCAGACUUUAGAGUCACCCUGCACCAUUCAUCGCGUAACUCGAGCGCAAACUCACACUCGUAGUGCCUACUUUUAUUUUCGUUCCGUUCGCAUCACCGUACUCUUACCAGAGGUGGGCAAAAUUUAUAUUUGGAUAGAGAAGUAGCUAAUGAAAUUUGUAUUUAAAUAAAGAAGCUAGAGGGAAACGUUUUAGUGAUCGUAGAUUGGAUAAGUUUGGUGUUCGAGUGAAAAUUUUUUCCAUCUCUUCCGUCCCAUUGUUUAGUUGCAAAAGGAAGGAAGGGGGGGGGGCGCGGUGGUGCGAGGGGAUGCGAUACUUUUAAGAAGACUCGACGAACGAGAGACCUCUUCGGUUCGUACAGUGCCUUAGCCUUAGUAUGGAAGAUUUUUACAGAUCGUGGCGUCGAUCGAUCGAAAUUGAGAGCCUAGACUAGCUUUAGGCGUCUCCAAUUCUUCUCGCUGGUUCGAUGGCGUCUCCCGAGAGAGAUCGAUUAGACGAUGCGAGUCCAAUCGGCGCUGGAUGUCCAAACACUCCGAGAUCGGCAAAAUUCUUAUCCAGUAGAAAACAGAAUCAAAAUGGUAAAAUAAAAUGAAAUUUGUUAGAGGAUGCGUUCCUAUUCUAUCAUUCGAAGAGAAUUCUGCCCAUCUCUGCGUACACUACUGCCCCUCGACGCAGCGGAACAACAACUGCCCUGAUAGUAGAUAGAUAAAUCUAGCCAUCGAGAAACAUAUCCGGGGACGAGUCUUACUCGCGAGAAUGGAACGACCAGAGGUGGCCGAGAUCCUUCUUUGAAUGAACAUUUUGAAUAAAAAAUGAUAAAUAAACGACAGCUCAAGCGCUACGAGUUUAAUUAGUGUCAUUAUUCGUGUUACGGCGUGACAGUAUUUUUCACGGUAGUCGAAUAAAUUCGAACCGAUUAUUUAUUAUUAUUCGGUCGAAUGAUUCGGUCAUCUGUUGUUCGAAUGAAUUUUUCCCCACCUCUGUGAACAUCCGCAGGCUGCUCACUUUGUCGAAUUAAAGUCGCGAUCUUUUUCGCACCGUGAAUCAAAUAUAUGGAUAUAUAAAUAAAUAUAUAUAUAUAUAUAUUUAGAUACGUUUGCAGCGCGGACCUCUGCGUUGCGUGGCGUAGCCGAAGCGAUAAGGGCGAACGCUGAAUAAAUCUUGCGGGGCGCGAACUUCGGCGAUCGAAGGGAGCGCUCCCUGAAUGCUAGUCAUAAAUCUCGCUCGUCUUCCUCGUCGAAUUCGAUCGUUUCUUCGUGACGUUCCUUGCAAACGAGAAGGUGAAACAUGGCCGUGAAGAUUCGAGGGGGACGGACGAGUGUCAAAUGGAAAUGACGAGUCACGCGUCGACGCCGAUGGAAGCGAUUCGAUCGAUUCGAAAUUUUUUAGAUGUUCGCAUCGGUUUCGUAGGCUUUUGUAUCGAAUUAUUUUAUUAAUCGAAUGGGAUCUACAUUUUUUCAAUCGAGAUUAAACGAGAUCUGUUAUUUAUUCGUUGGAUGGAAGAUCGGCUAAAUCAACUCCUGCAAAACUUAUGCGUACACCUGAUACAUCCUUCGUGUACGUUUGAACGCUCUAUGCAAGAAUCGCCGAGUUUGCUUGUCGGUGGGGCGUCUUGGACUUCGAGAGGAUUCCAGGUCACUUACCCUUUAGAAGUAUUCCAUAUUUUUAGUACAGCACAUUUGAUUAGGAACUCUAUAAAAAAAAAAAAAAAAAAAAAAAAAAUAACGAAACCUUUUCUGACUUAAUUUUAUAAUAUUUUCUCGCGGGAAUGUUCUUACUAUGAGAUAUUUCGACUAUAUUAAUAUUCGCGAAAGGAUAGACGACCAGGAAAUAGUUUCUUUCUUAAGAGACAAAUGAAAUUCACGGCCCAGUCCAAAGCAGGAUCUCCCGGAGAAUCUUUAUACGUACAUCCUCGUCAUCCAGAACAAAAUAUUGUAGUAUCGAUGCUUGUACCAAAACUAUUAAUAUCGCUAAAUAAUAAACCCCCGUAAUCGUAAGGUACUAAUUAAGUGACCUGGUUGACCCGGCCCGUGACGAAGCUGGCUUCUGUUGCCAGCGGCGUAACCAGAAAUUUCAAAUAAGGGUCGUCAAAUAUUUUUUUUACAUCUGUGUAUUUAUAAAUAAAAAUAAUUUACCUUUUCGCAAUAUCGAUUGAUUGUCUUUCGCCGAUGUAUUCCGAAGAACGGAUACAUCGACGUAACCAUUUUCUGCGUUCGGUGAAUGCGUCAGUUUUUCGAAUUCCUUGAUAGGGGUGGCUCUGGUUGCGCCGCUGCUCGUCGGUGACGCGCGAGAAGGGAACGCGAAGGGACCGGGGAUACGAAUCGACGAUCGCGAAUCGUCGUUUCCGGCAGACGUGAAUCUCGUGGAUCGAGGAGCCGCUUGAGAAUUCGACAUCGCGAACAUUGUUACAGGCGUUCGUCCGUUGAAAUUCUGAGACGCGUACGGCGACAGGCGUAGACGCACGAUGAUAAGAACAGCGAUUGGCGGACUCGUAGAAAAAUCGCGUGCUGCCCGCGGGGCUGUGCGCAACGAGCGAAAGAGACGGAGAGAAAGCGAGAGAGAAUAGAGCGAGAGUGAGUCGCGUGAAUUCGUGAAUGCCUCUGAGAAUCAAAGGAGAUUAAAAAAUCAUAGAGACCUGUAAUAUAGUUUUGUUACUACGGGAGAGGGGGGCGUGUGUCCGAGCGAGUCGGGGCACCGUUUCUCGAGGCCAAUUUCGUCGUUAUUUAUUUCCGUCUGCUUUCUGUUCGGCAUAAUCGUAUUUAAUUAUUCUUUGCAUUCGCGUUUUGUUUUCGUGGCGUUUAUCUUUCAUCCGGUUCGGCCUCGUUGGAGAGCGUGCUCCGUUUCUCUCUCUUACACGGACACGCCCUGGUCUCCGACUUAUUCAACUAUCAUUAUUAUUAUUAUUAUUAUUAUUAUUAUCAUUAUUAUUAUCAUUAUUAUUAAUAUUAUUAUAUUAUUAUUAUAUUAUUAUUAUUGCUAUUACGUUAUCGCUGUAAUGUUAUUAAUAUUGAGGUUAAUUACUACGAGAAGAAUCGCGCAUGUAGCUACCAAGACCUUCUGUAAAUAUCUCUGUCAUUCUGUAUUAAUUUUAAUAACGUGCAAAAUAAAUGCCGCGUAUCAGUCGAAA